AUGUCUGGACGCCAAGAAUGGCCUGAAUUGGUUGGACAACCAUUCGAAGUAGCAUCUCAAAAAAUUUUACAACAUGAUGACAGCUUACAUCCAUAUAAUGCAAUCAAUGGAAUUCAAAAUCGAAUGUUCGAUCCAAAACGUGUCGUAUGUGUUACAAAUGAUGCUGGUAUUGUAACUGAAGUUCCAUCUUACACUUAUCAAUAA